AUGCAAGGCGUGCGGGGAAAAUGCCUGGCCCUCAGACUUGAAACGCGAGCGCAACCGGUCAAGCCCGCCUUACCGCAUCGGUUGUGCUGGACGGCGGGGCGCCUCUUGUCAAAGAAGAUCGACAUAGUCGCAACGAGGAGCAAGAUACCAAUACAGAUAUGUGUACGUGAUUGUGUACACUGGCUGGCAGAGGUCCAAGUCAGCAGCCGGCUGACGCCAGGGAUCUACCUACAUACGUAUGUAUCUAUGUAUUUGUGUACAUGUCCAAGUAUGUACACAACACUGCUCCCACGCCCCCCUCAGUCAGUCAGUCUGCCACCACUACAUACUACUAGUCGUGCACGACAUCUCUUCCCGUUCGAGGGCGGCAUGCAUCUGCAUCUGUGA